AUGCCAAGACUGAAAAAAAAGUCUUAUCUCCAAAAACAAUCAUCCAACAAGGAUGCAAUGAGAGCAUCAAGGGAUGCUCAUCAACAUAAUGAUGGGUUAAACUUCCCUAAAAAGUGUGAUGGGUUAAACUUCCCUAAAAAGUCUGAUGGGUUAAACUUCCCUAAAAAGUCUGAAAAUGGGUUAAACUUCCCUAAAAAGUCUGAAAAUGGGUUAAACUUCCCUAAAAAGUCUGAAGGUUCUCCUGAAGUAUCUAAAGCUUGUCAAAAGAAUUCUGAAAGUUUACUGAAAGAUUUUAAAAGUUUUGCUGAAGAGUUGCAGAAAGAGUUACCUGAUGAUUUGCCUAGUGCCUCUUGUGUUCAGACGGUAUCACCAGAAUCUUUUACAGGUUAUGAAAGCAAUAUUAUUCAUGACAGCACUAAUCCUUUUCGGUUUGUUUCAUUGAUGUAUGGAUCAUUUCAUCAGGGAGAUGACAGAUUUUCUUGGGAUUCCAGAGGAAGUCAAUGCACAAUUAACUCGCUUUGCGCUUUGAAAUUUUCGCAGUAUUUUGAAUUUUCAUCUCAGGAGUCACUGGAUGAUAUACUCACAGUUGGAGACCAGUUAUAUAAGAAUGUUGUCAGAAAUUUAAGACAGCUUGGAAAUUUUAAACACAGGUUGUUAUGUCUUGAUGAAAUGCCAGAUGAAGUGAAUAUUAAAUGUAAGAAGAUUCAUAUUGAGAAGGGCAAUAUAGUAUCGGGAAAUGCUGUUACACAGUUUGGUAGUUCAAUAUUGCCAGCAUUACACCAGUCCCUAUAUAAUGUUUUACAGUCUGCAAACCAUGUUUUAAUCAUGAUUGGGGCAAUUUGUUCUGCAGUUUUCUUCAAAGAUGGUCUGUACUGGUUCUUUGAUUCUCAUUCACAUGGUAGUGAUGGUUUGUCACAUUCAGAUGGUAGAUCAGUUCUUUUGUCAUUUAGUUGCCUUGAUGACCUUGUUAGUUAUAUGUAUGCAUUGUAUAACAGCAUGAACAUUGAUUUGCUUUCUCAGUAUGAGUUGAUGCCAUUAAAAUUCUCAUUUUUGAUUAGUGACGAAUUCCUUAUAGCAGAGCACGAUUCAAAGUUCAGAAAGGCUGAGAAAGAGAAGAACAAAGCAGCAAAACAAAAAAGUAGACUAGAUGAGCAAGUGAAAAACAAAGAAAGAGUGGCCAAAAAAUUGACAAGGGAUGAUAUUGAUUAUAGGCAGGCAGAAAAGGAUAGAGACAGAGUAGCAAGACAAAAAAGUAGACUUGAUAUUGAUAAUAGGCAGGCAGAAAAUGAGAGAGACAAAGCAGCAAGACAAAAAAGUAGACUUGAUGAGCAAGUGAAAAACAAGGAAAGAGUGGCCAAAAAAUUGACAAGGGAUGAUAUUGAUUAUAGGCAGGCAGAAAAUGAGAGAGACAAAGCAGCAAGACAAAAAAGUAGACUUGAUGAGCAAGUGAAAAACAAGGAAAGAGUGGCCAAAAAAUUGACAAGGGAUGAUUUUGAUUAUAGGCAGGCAGAAAAGAGUAGAGACAAAGUAGCAAGACAAAAAUGUAGACACGAUAUUGAUUAUAGACUGGCAGAAAAUGAGAGAAAUAGAGAAGCAAAACGCUUAAUGAGAAAAAAUGAUUAUGUCUUAGAAAAAGAAAGGAUAAGUAAGCAUGAAUCCAGAAGGAAAAAGCAAACCGAAGAUAGAGAGAGAGUGCUUGACAGAAAUCGAAAAGCAUCUAAACGCAAAGAACCUGAUUAUAGAGAAUCUGAAAUUCAGAAUGCAAAACAAAGAAAAUAUGGCAACAGUGUUGAUGAUUGUAUAAGACUUUUUCAUCGAAGUAUUGAAACUGGUCCACAAUACAUUUGCAGUUGCUGCCAACAAACUUGGUUCAAAGAAAGUUUGAGAGAAUUGCCUAGAGGUCGGCAGUACUCUUUGAAAGGAAACGUUGUUAAUGUGCCAGUUGAAAUUCAACCAGUUGUUGAUGUUCUGCCGAGGCCAUUAGAUGAGAAUGUUACAGUUCCUGUAAAACUGAAGAAAAAAUUGUCACAUAAAUCUUGUGCUUUCACAGAAAAUAUUCGACCACUACGUGUAUUAGUAGCACUACAUUGGCUAUUAAGACACAGUAAACUAUAUACAAAUGCUAAUGUUCAGAUUGAUGAACAGUGGAUAGAACAAGUGACACAGCAUAGUAAUGAAGUGUUACAGGAGUUUUUGUCUGCAGACACAGAGUCUAAUUCAAAAAAUAGUCAGGUAAAUAUAGCUCAUGAAGAGAAAGAACAAGGCAUUGAACAAAAAGGAAGUGAGCUGUAUGAUUCAGAUGCAGAAGAGAAUAUCCAUUUACAAGAAAAUGUGGGCAACAUUGACACACUUGUUGAUUAUGAAAAUUUAGAAAACCGAAGCAAUGUAUUGACAUUUGCACCUGGUGAAAAUCAGCGUCCUCUGAGUAUCUAUCAGGAUAAAGACUCGGAAUACUUAUGUUUUCCUACCAUAUUUUGUGGCCAAACUCGGCAAGAGAAUGAAGAAAGACUUGUCUCUGUUCAUUACAGUGAUAUUGCUAAGUGGGAGUUGCGACAUUUUGAUAGAAGGGCAGCUAACAGUGUGCCAAAUAUUUUCUUCAAAUUGAAAAAGAUUCAAAUGAAACAAGUCAAUGACAAAGUUAAUCUGGCUGUAAGGCGAUGUCAGAUAGAUGGUAGGAAAAUUACUGCCUCACAGGCUCGGGAUGUGAACUGUACUGAAGAAAUUGUGAAAAAAGAUCAAGGUUAUUAUAUAUUUAAACAAUUAAGAAAUUCACCAGCCUAUCUGGAAACAAAGAAAAAGGAUGUGUUUGCAAUGCUACGUCAAUUAGGUAUGCCCACUUGGUUUUUGUCUCUCUCAUCGGCUGAUACAAGAUGGUCUGAUCUGCUGAAAAUGUUAGCUUCUCUAAACAGUGAUGUGGAGUACACAGAUAAUGAUAUACGCAAUCUAUCCUGGGAGCAAAAGGUCAAACUUAUACAGAAAGAUCCUGUAACAUGUUCCCGUUACUUUGACCACAGAGUUCAGCAGUUUAUAAAACUGGUACUAAAAAGUACUCAUAAUCCUCUUGGUGUCAUAUCAGAUUAUUUUUAUCGAGUCGAGUUUCAGCAGAGAGGUUCACCCCAUAUACACAUGAUAGCAUGGGUUCAAAAUUCUCCAAAAUAUAAUGAGUGCAGUGUGAGUGAAAUUACUGCUUAUGUUGACCAGUAUCUUAAGAGCUCGUCUGAUAAUGCUGAUAUGACAGAUCUGAUUCAGUUGCAGAUUCAUCAACAUUCAAGGUCGUGUAAGAAAAAAGAUGUUAGAAAGUGUCGAUUUGGUUUCCCUUUGCCACCGCUCCCAGAAACAAUGGUUCUUGAACCACUUGAGUCAGAUGUAGACAAAUAUAAAAAGCUAUAUGAAAAGAUACAAGAAAAAAUGAAUAAAGAAAAAGAUGGAUUUGAUAUGUCCUACAAGCACUUUUUGACUGAUAUAGUGCAACUUUCUGAACAAGAUUAUAUAAAAUGCAUAAGAAGUACACUGAAUACACCAAAAGUGUUUUUGAAAAGAGAACCGAAAGAUAUUCGUCUCAAUCUUUACAAUGAAACUGUGUUGAGAGCUUGGAAAGCCAACAUUGAUAUACAAUUCAUUUUAGAUCCAUAUGCCUGUGCUAUGUAUAUUGUAUCUUACAUAAGCAAAUCUCAAAGAGGAAUGAGUUCUUUGAUGCAUGCUGCAUGUAAAGAGGCAAGAAAUGGUAAUUUGGACCUGAAACGACAAGUGAGACAUAUUGGAAAUGUAUUUUCGAACAGUGUCGAAGUCAGUGCUCAAGAAGCAGUGUAUUUAGUUCUUCAAAUGUCAUUAACAAGAAGCACAAGAGAUGUUACCUUUAUCAACACGUCUGCUCCUGAAAAACGCAUACAUCUUUUGAAAUCCAAAACUGUCCUUGAUGAAAUGCCCGAUAAUUCUACAGAUGUUAUAGCAGAAAAUGCUAUCAAAAGGUAUUCGAAAAGACCUAAAAAGCUUGAAAACUGGUGUCUUGCUGAUUAUGUUUCUAAAUUAGACAUAGUUUUUCCCAAAAAUGAACACCUUUCAGACAGUGUAGAAAAUGUUAAUGAUGAUUACAAUGAAAGUGAUGAUGAUGGACUUAAACUUGAAAACUUAAAUGAUAGUCAGACAAUUAGUUAUUUCAAAAACGGAGGUCAAAUAAGGAUAAGGAAGAAUGCCAGAGUUAUAAGAUAUGGAAGAUAUAAUCUGAAGUCUGAUGAAGAGAACCAUUUUAGAGAGAAAUUAUUGUUGUUUUUACCAUGGCGCAAUGAAGUCUUAGAUCUUCUUGCAAAUUAUGAGUCUUACAAGGAUCAUUACUUGGCAAUCAAGGCAAAAAUAGAUUGCAAAUGUAUGGAAUAUGAACACCAUGCUGAACAGAUAGAAAUCGCAAGAGAAAUGGCAGAGGUUGAUGAAGAGAUUUUUGAUGAAAUAGCACCUGGAACACAACAAACUGAAGUUGAUACUGCUGCGGAAGAAGUAGUAGAGUCAGAAGCAUUUGUGUACUUCAAUCCAGAUAGAGUAGCUGAACACAGACAUUACGAUAUUGGCAUUGAAUUAGGUAGUGCAUGUUCAAAUGCUAGGGUAGAAUCGAAUGAAAUCUUACUGCCAGAAGAAGAAUAUUUAGAACUUCUACGAUGCCUUAAUACAAAUCAAAGACGUUUUUAUAAUCAUGUAAUUCAUUGGAUCAAAACAAAAACUGAACCACUGUAUGCCUACUUAUCAGGAGGAGCUGGUGUUGGUAAAAGUGUUGUCAUAAAAGCUAUCUUUCAGACAUUAUAUCGGUUUCUCAAUCUGAGAGAAGGUCAAAACUCAGAUGAAACACGGAUUCUGUUGUGUGCUUUCACAGGGAAGGCAGCAUUCAAUAUAAAUGGUUCAACAAUAGCGAAAGCAUUUUUUGAAGGCUACAUGCAAAGUAAUCAGCAAUUAACUUGCGAAAGGCUUAAUACAUUUAGAUCUAAAUACAGAGAAUUAUCUGUUAUUAUCAUUGAUGAAAUAUCUAUGGUUUCAAAGGUUAAGCUGUCCUUUAUAGAUCAAAGGCUGCAGCAAUUAACUGGCACUAACAAAGCAUUUGGUGGACUGAGUAUUAUUGCAGUUGGUGAUUUGUACCAGUUACAGCCUGUCACAGGUGGAUGGAUAUUUAAAGACCUUGAUAGAGGUGCUUCUGCUUUGUCCAGAAAUUUAUGGAAAGAUCAUUUCAGAAUGUAUGAGUUGACUGAAAUUAUGAGACAGAAAGAUGAUAUAUCUUUUGCAGAGUUAUUGAAUAGGCUUCGGCAUAAUGCCCUGACAGAUGUAGAUAGAGCAGAAUUGAAAAAACGUGAAGUAAAGCAAUAUUCUGAGCAGCAUCCUUUACAUGCUCCACACAUAUUUGCAGAAUCUACUUUCAUGAACUUGCAUAAUCAGGAGAUAAUUAGACGUAAGCAGACCCAACACAUCACAGUGAAUUCUCUUGAUGUUGUUAUGUCUCCAAAAUUAUCAAAAGAUAAACAGGAAAGAACACUUAGAUCACUUCCAGAUGAUCAUAACAAAACUGGUAUGCUUUUCAGACUGUUGCCAAUAGUAGUGGAUAUGGUGUAUGAUUUAACUGUCAAUCUGAACACAGCAGAUGGCCUUACGAAUGGAGCUUCAUGCAGAAUUCAGUUUGUUGAAUACAGACAAGUAGAGACAGAUAGACCAAGUAUAAUUUGGGUCCUGUUUGAUGAUCCCAAAGUAGGAACUGAACAAAGACAAAAAUACAAAACAGAGGAUUUUACAGUAGCCAGAUACAUGAUAGCUGGACACCUGUAUUUGAUGUUGACAGGACAUUUUCAUACAAUAGAAAAACUAUUCAGAGAAUACAGUUUCCAUUACAGCCAGCUGCUGGAAGAACUGUUCAUAGAACUCAAGGAUGUACACUUAAUGAGGUUGUGGUCAUUACAUAAGCAUUUUGAACAUGUAAAAGCUGAUCAAAAUGUGUUAUCAGCGCAUAUUAUUGGUUUAGCAGAAACGAGACUGUGCCAGACAGGUCUUUAUGAUGAAUAUGCCAUUGAGGGUUUUCACCUUCUCAGAAAUGACCAGCUGACAGGCUGCAUGCAAAAAGGCCGUCUCAUGGUUUAG